AUGCAAUUCAAAAUAAGUUCUUUCUUCAAGCCAUCUUCUUCUUCCUUUACACAAUCUAAACCGACAAUCUCUCCUCCUAUUCCUAACGACGGUGACGAUGAUUUGAUUGUUUGGGAAAACACUAGACACCAGUUUCUUAACACUUACGAGCGCAGACCUCCAAAAUCAGAAAAUGGGGAUAAGAGAAUUGAAGCUAAUAAAGGACAAGCAAGUAGUGUAUUAAAAGAACCCAUUUCAAAGAACAUGUGUUUGAAACAAGAAUCUUUGAGUUCUGGGCAAAUGAUAAACAAGAAGAGAAGCUAUGCGCAGUUGCAUUUGGACUUAGGUCAAACUGAUUUCAAUCUCAAAACAUGUUCUAUAUGUGGAGUUAAAUAUGCUCCAGGAGAAGCAGGAGAUGAGAAAGAACACAAGACAUUUCACAAGAAUUAUACUUGUGGAGUUCAAUUCAGGGGUUUCCGGAAUGAAAGGGUUCUUCAUAUGCCCGGUACUGAAGGGGGCCGUAUUACAUUGGUGUUAGAUUGUGAUCCUUCUGCUCAAAGAAAUAAGGUGCAGGAGGUUAUAAAGAUGAUGGAAAUUGAGCUUGGAGGUGGAUGGAUUUUUCAUAAGCUGUGUAAGGUUUAUCUAUUUAUUUUUUCUCAGAGAAUUACUGGUUGUCUAGUUGCUGAACCAAUAAAAGAAGCAUUCAAAAUCCUACCUUGUUCAGUGGAUAGAAGAUCCGGUAUUGCCACUACGAAGGAUUCAAAAUUAAACUCAAGCACUCUUCAAUUUGGUGAUAUUAUCUUGCAUAGAGAAACCACAAAGAAAGCCCGCACUAUUGAUUCCCUUGAUCUAUUGGAUGGGAACCAUAACGGAGCUAUCAUCGGUGAAGAGGUAGCUGUGCCUGCAAUAUGUGGCAUUAGAGCAAUAUGGGUCACCCCCUCUAACAGAAGAAAACACAUUGCCAGCCAGCUGCUGGAUGCUGUGAGGUAA